GUUGCUGGGUGAUGAAUCCAUGAGGAAUCAUUACACUUGAGUAAUUUGAAAUUUUCUACAAGAAAGGAAAGAAUAUGGCUAAAAUGUUCUAAUAGUUACUGUUGUACAUAGUUAUUUGUUUGUAAAAUAAUUUGCACUGAAUGGAUCUCUUUAUUAUUUCAGCAGAAUGUUAUUGGAUGUGCUUGAUGUUAGGGAAACAUCCCUCUGAAUAGGAAAGAACAGGCCUGCAUUCAUGAAGCUCACAUUCUGGCAGGAAAUAUAUUCAACAGGAUCUUUUACAUGCGUAACACCUCUGCGGGCGACCUGAACCCCGCAAAUCACAUUCCAUUUGCAGGCGGCGACUGCACACAGCACUGAGUCAUUCAGGCACCCAACUCCACCCUACACCUUAUCCUCGCUUUCCCUUCCAGCAGGACCAGUUCCGCCCAGGCCUCAACCUCACUCUAGGAAGGGACGGGGCUCCACUUCACAGGGCGUUACAACAAUCGGGGCUGGCAGAGGGCUCUUCGGUAACGCCUAAAAGGACAGACUCAAAACGUCCCUCCCUGGGCUUCACUGCCGGACAGCAAUAAGUAAACCGCGGACGAACAGCAGCCACAGAGUAGGCGACGUGCGCCCUCCAGCCCCUUCUCUCCCACGGUUCUCCCAGCCGCGUCCCGCACACACACGCUGCGCACGCGCGCGCACGCGCCCUCGGCCCGGUGGGCCCAGAGGUCGGCAGAAGGUGGGAAGGGUGGGUAGGGGCCGAGAGCGGGGAUGGCAGGCUGCGCCCGCAAAUUUUCUCACCUCGGUAAACGGGUCCAUCGCCCCGGAGUUCGCGUGUUGAUUGCGAGACGACGGAAACGGCGGUUCAAAUUCAGAAAAAGAAAAGGAGAGAAAAGGCCAAGGUCUAACCACAAGGCAGUGGCAAGAAGGAUUAAAGUCAAGUUCUCUACUUCAGAAAAGCUUCACUGGCCUGAGCAAGAACUUGCUAAGAAGUCUGUCCUAAAUGCAGAAGAGUCAUUGAUCACUGACAGCAAAAGAAGCAUUUCACAUUUAUCUACUGGGAUACUAAAGGACAUUUUCACAACUGGAACCAGUAGUUACAAUGUUCUGCUACAGAGCAAAGAGGAGAAAAAGCAUCAUUCACAAAAACAGCCUUCCUCCACCUACUCCAAAAGAUGUAGAAAGCCCAGCAAAUCUCCUAGUUCUUCUCGUAGUAAAGAUCUUCGCAAGAUGAAAGCCCCAGUGCCUGUGAUGAGCAGUGGUACUUGGUACUGCCUAGAAAGGCAGCCUGGUGUCUUUGUCACUAGUUCAGUGUCGAGUCCUAUAAAGUUUACACAUGAUAUCUCUGUUACAGGGAGCAGCAUUGUACUGCCGCCUAAACCCAAAAACAAGGUAAAGCGACGCCAUUUCUCCACUCUGCCAAAGCCAAAGCCACAGCCUCAGCUGUCUAGAAGUUUUGAAAAGGGAGAUGACUUUUCUGGGAAGAAAUUUUGUAUACUGACUGCUAUAAAGCCCACCAACUUGGAGAAAGAAAAACUGAGAUUUUUCAAGUCUGACUAUACCUACAAUCCUCAGUUUGAAUAUGCAAAUCCAUCUCUGCCAAGUGUGUUGGCCAAACACAGCAAUGCAUCUGACCGAUUUCUUAAACAGUCCAUCAAUAUUAUGGAACUGACUUUACAGAAAUAUGGAAGUUAUGAAAAAUUUGAGCAGGCCACCGGUGGCAGCCUGCUAUCUAAAACUCGAAUCUGGAGUCACGUUAGGAAGUACAUGAUGAAAGAAGGCUGCAUGGGUGAGAUUGUAGUACAUCUCACUGAAGAUCUGCUUUCCCGAGCUUCGAUGACAGUGGUAAAUGGAUGUCCAACGCUGACCAUCAAUGUUUCCACUGCACGUGAGCACUGGCUGGAGGGAAUGCUGAGGCAUGAAAUAGGCACACAUUAUUUUCGAGGUAUUAACAACCUUCAGCAGCCAUGGAACAGUUGGACUGGUCGUAAAAAACAUGAGCUAAAGCCAAACAAUCCCACAGAAGAAGGACUGGCAAGUAUUCACAGUGUCCUUUUUAGAAAAGACCCCUUUUUAUGGAGGGCUGCCCUCCUCUACUACACUGUUUAUCGAGCCAGCCAAAUGUCUUUUUGUGAACUCUUCAAAGAUAUUGGAAAGUUUGUCAAAGACCCCAAUACAAGAUGGGAUUAUUGUGUACGAGCGAAGAGGGGAUGGACUGAUACUUCUCAACCAGGGUGCUUCAGUAAAGACCAGGUCUACUUGGAUGGCAUCCUGCAGAUCCUCCGGUACAGAGAGACCAUUGACUUUCAUCUACUGACUGCUCUCGGGAAGGUCUCUUAUGAAGAUGUGGAUCGCUUAAAAGGAUUGGCAGUUAUUGAAAACAUGAGGGUCCCUCAUUUCCUGCAGGACCAUGGCCGAUACAUGGAACAUUUAGAGAAGAUCAUGGAAGUGAAUGAAUUGACUGACAGGGAACUGAAAGAUCUUAUAUAUUAAUCAGCAUUCUUGCAGACAUAGUGAAGCUAUACCUCUAUAUUAUAGUUAGGUGCAGUUAGCACCAGCAUAUUUAUAAAAGAUGAAUGUUUACAUGAGUUUUCUGAAGAAUGAUCUGCAGUAUUCAGCUGUAUUUUUAAAAGGUUAAGUACAAACCUUACACUGUUUCCCUAACAUGUUUCUAUAGGCUGCAGGGGGAAGUUCCUCCUAUUUUCAUCUGGAUCUCAACAGAGUCCGAUGAAAAUACUACUGGUGAGUGUUUUUGAAGAAUCUUGGUCAAACUGAGUAAUAAGCAUCUGCCUGAGCACCAAGACCAGCCCUGGCUAGAGACUGAAUUCCAGUCUUGUUUUAACUACAAGAUUAUAUUUUACUUGAUAAAUAAUGGUAAUUCUUUGAAAAAUUAGUUUUGUUAUGCUCCCAAAAGCUAGCUGCUUUUUUUUAUUUUACACAUUAUUGUUUCACCUGAUCAAUUUAUAGGAACUAAAUUAGAGAAUUACCUCAUUUUAUCUAGUUAUUCGCUAAACUUUAUUUGCUGAAACAAACUUUAUCCCUUCCAGAUUUUAACGAAGUUUUAGGGUCUUUCCCUCCCCAUUCCUGUAUAUAGGUGGUAAGUACAAGUGGUUUGUCUACAUAGACUAAAAUAGCUGGGGAAGAGAGAGAAGCUACUCACCUUUUUGUUAAAUGGAGCGACCAGCAAGACACAAAUACACUAAUGUAGUUUCUGUAGGAGCUGGAUGUUGACUAGGUAGCAUCUACCGUAAACUUGACCAUGCCCUGAAAAGUGGAAUUCCUGGACAUUGCCAUUUGGUAAACUGGUCUUGUGAUAUUGUCUGAGUAUAUUUUAUUUCAUCAAGCCAAUAAUGACAGUUUGACUUUGAAAAAUGAGAGUUCUGUUUUGCUACAUUUCCUCUGCUAAAAGCAUAUACCCCUAGCUUUGUAUAAUUUAUUGAUUUCAAUACAUACUUGGGUAUAUAUACUUGGAAUCAAAUAGUUCUUCAAACAGCUUAUUUUAAUGAUCAGGAAGAACACUGCUGUAAAUACCCCAUUCAAAAUGCUACUGUAAUUUUUACCCAAAGCUAUCUGAGAGUUUAUCUUUACCUCAUUUCAGGCUUAAAUAUGGUGCUAACACUGGUAGAUGUAUACUGCAAAGCCUGGUCCACAUUCCUGCUAGGAAAUUAUUUUAGGAAAUUUUAUGCAGGCUAGGUUAUGUGAUUUUCUCAUUCACAUAUCUAGAAGGGCUUGCCUCCAAGAAGAAUGUUGCAGCAGACAGGAUGUAUUCUAACUGGCAUCUGGUGGUUCUCACAGAGCCACACAUGUCACUUUUGGUAAGUAGCAGGCCAGGCCCUUUGGAGCAUUAAACGUACCCACACAGUGCCGUGAUUGCUGGAGUGUGGCCUGCACAUUUCUGUGCAGAGCUGGGGCAUACACUGUGCCAACACUGACCAGAUACUGGAAAACCAUUCUUGACCCCUCGAGCAUAUUUCCUUGUAGCAUAGUCCUCCAGUUUCAUCUUUGGUGUAGCAUUUUCUAACUUUGUCUUCAAACUUAUCAAAGGUGAUUGUGAAAACUGUGCAUUAACUGGAAUUGAAGUAUAGACAAAUGGCAAUAUUUUACAUCCUGUGAUUUAAGCCCAAAUGCUUAUAAAUUCAACAUUUGUAGGCAAUAACUGCUAAUCAUAUGUUACAGUUUAAAAAUAAAGGAAAAUCACAACAGCCUUAAUAUCCUGUUGGUCAAAGGAUUAUUUAUAGUGAUUCUAGUCCCUGAAUUUUAAAAUGGAUAUUCUGUAUCUGAGUUGGAAAAGGAAACACUUUCUUGCCUUACUGCUUCAGUAUAAAGACAAAAACCAGUGCUAUCCAGACAAAAAAAUGACCUUAAAUCACAUUGAUUGUCUUAAGCUAUUUUAAAAGUUAGCAAUGAACCAAAAAUUGUUGCAGAUUAGCAGAAUACUUAAAGAGCUCUAAACUUUAAAAGUUGGGAUUGAAGAUUUAAUUAAUGUUUAUUCUCUUUCCUGAAAUAGCACUAAGGUCAGUUUUGUUCCCUAAAAUUGAAGUUUUAAUAAAUAGAAAAUUUAUAGCAGCAGUACUUAGGAGAAUAGUUGAAGGUUGCAUUAAUUUUAAUAGUUACUUGCUGUAGGCUAUUGAGGAUUAGAAUUUCAUCAGUUUUGUCCACUGUAAUUCUAACAUAAUUGUAUCAAAUACAGUUAGGUUUUCACAUCAGAUGGGAUUCAGAGUGAAUUGUUUAUAUACAUAAAUCCAUAGUCUCCAUUUCUUUACAUUUUCACCUUUGUAAAAAUGUUUAAGAUUUGUAUUGUUUGUUUUGUAUAUAUUUGGGCAUCUUAUGUUU